AUGUCAAUUCCAACAGCAUUGGAAGAUCAUCAUAAACAAUUGAUACAAUAUUUCCUCCAUGACGGUGCUUAUAACGAACAUGAAUUAAUCGAUCUGCUGACGAGUUUACGUGAUCGAUAUGAUUUGAAGAUGAAGGUUAAAGAUGAAAUUCGAGUAUUCAAAGACGGAUAUUUGCCAUUAAUGAAUAAACACUUGAAUCAAUAUGGAAUCGAUAUUAAACAAGUUACAAGUGAAGAACACGAAAAUGACGUGUAUUUUGUUUGUGUGCAAAAUUUCAAAGCACAGUUUGUGAAAUUGGAUACUUCGUAUACGGAAAAAGAAGCCGCAGUGUUCGAAAAAUUAUUAGAACUAAUCAUUACAAGUGAUGAUAAAUGCAUUCAACCUCGAGAAGUGUACGAGUCUAUUCUGUCCAACGAUUUAAAAAUGACACAGAAAGAAUUUGGCGAAACAAUGACACGGUUUCAACGUGAUAAAUGGAUUGAAGGCGGACCAAAUAAUACAGUUAUACUUCAUUCUCGGGCGAUCUUGGAAAUGCGAUCAUUUAUUACAGAUAUCUAUCAGGACUAUGUAGCAAAUUGUCAGAAUUGUCGACUAUUAUUAAUCCGAGGAUUUGUCUGUUCGAAUAGCUCAUGUGAUGUUCAUUUGCAUCGAUCAUGUGCUGCUCGAUAUUUUCAACAGAUAUCAAAUGCCAGACAUGGUAAAACAGCUUAUCCAUGUCCAUCAUGUAAAAAAGAAUGGAACAAAGACGAUGUGAACAGCGUGUUAAACUCCAACAGCGUCAAUGACGAGAAUGGCGAUUACCAAGCAACAACAACGGUCAACAAAAGACAACGAACAUCAAGAGCAUCUAAUCAAAAUCAGCGAUCGUCCAAUCGUCGUGUUACUAAUCAACAUGAUGAUGAUGAUGAUUAA